CGCGGAACCCCUCUUGACCUCAACAUUCCCCCCUGCUACCCACCAUAUAAGCACAAGAUGGCGACCACAAAGCAAAGGUUAGCUCUCUCCAUCAUCGACUUCCUCAACACCUCCCUCACCGACGGCACCCUCACCGAAGACGACCGCGAGAGCAUCGAAGUCGCCCAAUCAUGCAUAUCCGAGUCCUUCAAGGUCGACCCCACGGACGCGACACCCAAGGAUUCGCAGACCCUGCUACAGAUCUACAGCGUCUAUGAGAAGCUGAAGGGAAAGACUCCCGCUGGACCAAGCACCACCGCCACGGGCGAGAAGAGCACGCCUGAUGCGCAGAAGGAGCCAACAGAGGCGCAGAAGAAAGAGGCCGAGACUCUAAAGAGCCAAGGAAAUGCCGCCAUGGCGAAGAAGGAUUACCCCACUGCCAUUGACCUUUACUCCAAGGCGCUAGCCAUCGUUCCGGGCAACCCCAUCUUCCUGUCGAAUCGUGCCGCGGCCUACUCGGCAUCCAAGGACCACGAGUCUGCGAGGGCGGACGCAGAGGCGGCUGUGGCUGCGGACCCGAACUACACGAAGGCGUGGUCACGAUUGGGCCUGGCGAGAUUUGCGCUGGGUGAUGCGAAGGGCAGUAUGGAGGCUUACCAGAAGGGUAUCGAAUACGAGGGGAAUGGAGGCAGUGAUGCGAUGAAGAAGGGCUAUGAGACUGCGAAGAAGAGAGUUGCCGAAUUGGAGGAGGGAGGGGACUCCGAGAACGACGAUGUUGCUGAGAGAGGCGCCGGUAAUGGUGCUGGUGGUGCUGGUGGCCUGCCAGAUUUGGCGUCGAUGUUUGGAGGCGGUGGUGGUGGAAUGCCCGAUCUGAGCUCUAUCAUGAGCAAUCCUAUGUUUGCAAACAUGGCGCAGAACCUGAUGAGCAACCCGGAGGCGAUGUCUAGCAUCAUGAACAACCCAAGGCUGCGUGAGAUGGCCAGCCAGUUUGGCGGCGGCGGGGGUGGUGGAAAUGGCGGCAGAGGCAUGCCUGAUCUGGCAAGCCUGAUGCAAGACCCAAGCAUUGCCGAGAUGGCAAGAAAUAUCAUGGGGGGUGCAGGACGUGGAGGACGAGGCGCUGGCCAGUAAUUUGAUUUCUCCAUACACGA